GGGUAGGUGGAUAUAAACACUGGAAACCUGCCUCCCUUUUUUCUAUAAAUUUGAUUAAAUGCCUGGACAACACUCAUUUUGAUCACUCCUUUUUGUUGUUUUCUUUCAUUUGCUGUGAAGGGGUACUCUGAGAUCACAUAGAAAAAUGGUGAAGGCCGUUGCUGUCCUUAGCAGCAGUGAAGGUGUUAGUGGAACUAUUUUCUUUGCUCAAGAGGGAGAUGGUCCAACUACCGUGACUGGGAACAUUUCUGGUCUUAAGCCUGGGCUCCAUGGCUUCCACGUUCAUGCCCUUGGGGACACGACAAAUGGUUGCAUGUCAACAGGACCGCACUUUAAUCCUGCUGGAAAAGAGCAUGGUGCCCCAGACGACGAGAAUCGCCAUGCUGGUGAUCUAGGAAAUGUCACUGUUGGUGAUGAUGGCUGUGCGACUUUCUCUAUUAUUGACAAACAGAUUCCUCUCGCUGGGCCACACUCCAUUAUUGGAAGAGCUGUUGUUGUGCAUGGGGAUCCUGACGACCUUGGCAAGGGGGGCCAUGAGCUUAGCAAAACCACAGGAAAUGCCGGUGGCAGAGUAGCUUGUGGUAUUAUUGGUCUGCAAGGUUGAAGUCGGUGUCCUGGCGACCAGAAUAAUACAUGCGAUUUGGGUAUGCAGACGCCUGGAGAACUAGCUUUUUUAUGUGAGCUUGUUUUGUUUGUGUUAUGACUUAAAUCCAGUGCUCUUUUAAAAUUUAAAGCGUGCAUGUUUACGCCGCCGAAUGGAUGUUGUUUACAGAUUAAUUCAACCUUUGAAGUUUUUCGUUGAUAUGUAAUUAUGAAUUUACGUCUGGUUUUCUA